CGGCGCACCUGCCCUUGGCCCCCGCCGCGCCCUGGGCCACCUCCCCGCCCGCUGUUGAGUGCAGCCCCGCCUUCAGCUGCACCCCGCCCGGGAGAGCGGCGCGCCCGCUUAGACCCCUUGAGCUCGCCCCCCACCUUGGGCCUGAGGCACCCCGCUCAGAUCCCUCCUCUAGCAUCCUCACUUGCUCUUUCUGCCCGGCCCACCCGGCUUGCAGGCCAUCUCCGGCCGCCGCUGAGGCAGAUGCAGCUCACCUGUCUGCUCACCUUUACCUAUAGGCGGUCCCGACUGCCCCCUCCUUCCCUCCGUCCUCGGCGCUAGUGGACCACUCUGCCCUGUGCCCACGUGACUUUCAUGAACCCUCAUACCUGAUUUACUCACCAACCCUCAGUCAUCUAACUGCCCCCAACCACCGAUUCGGUACCAACGACCCCCAAACGCCUCUGCCCCAGCUAGUCUCCACCUGUCCUUCCAUCAUCCCAUGUUGCCAUCUGUAGGUCUCACUUACUCUGUACGUUUGGCUCCAAAAAAUUAAUUUCCUUACUUAUCUUUGAACGUCCACAUUCCCUAUGCUCACUGUCUUUAAACCGUGUGUGUGUUCAGCUCACAAACACGCCCAGCACUAGAAAUACCCCUUAAGCUCUCCUUCCUUUUUCCCGAACCACAAACCCUCUUGCCAAUCUCUAGAUCUUUCGGCUGGUCUCAUCCCUACAGCCGUGACAUGAGUGAAUGAUUCAUUUUCCAUUAUCCUCCCAGCACCAAUGAGGAGACUCAGUCCAGCCACCCAGCCCAGUCCAGUCGUGCAGGAAGAUGGAGGCAACCUCAUCCCCUUUGCCAAGUGUUCCAGGGUGGUCCGCCGAUCAGCGCCCCCCGGCUUGCCUUCCCAGAGCCUCGGACUGAUGCCCCAGCAAUACGGAGACCUCUUCUGGGACAACCUUAGCCAAGGGCCCAGCCCCACCUGGCCGGAAGAACAGUACACCCCACCCCUGCUGAGAGCCACUGGAUGCUCCCAGCCUGGCCUGUACCCCCCUGAGGGGCUCCCACCACCAGAGGUGCUUUGCAGAAGAAAGAGAAGGAGGCCACAUUUGGCAGGAAUGCAGCAGGGACCUGGGGACAUCCCAGCCCGGGUGAGGGCAGUCACUUAUCACCUGGAGGAUCUGAGGAGGCGACAGAGACUCAUCAAUGAACAGAAGAAGGCCCGGUGGGGCUGCUCUGGGGCCGCAUCUGAGCCCCUGGCGCUCGCUGAUGACCGCCGUAGAGUCCCCAGAGCCACCGAAUAUGAAUAUCGGGGUCUGGAAGAGGAGAGGGCUGCCUAUCUACAGGAAGACGGCCACCCUCUCACCAGUGGCCAGCCCCAGCUGCUCUGGUCUCCCUGGAGCCCCCUGGGCCAGGGGGGGUCUUGCCUCCCCAGGCGGCUGGGCUCCCUGGCCUCCUACAGCGCUGCCACAGCCAGCAGGAAGCUCCUCUGCAAGCCCUGGGGGAUGGAGGUGCAGUCUGAGGAGUGAGGACGGACCUCCCGCCCCAGAUGUCCCAGAUGACCCCCACCCCCGCCUCACUGGCCCUAGGCUGGCUGGCGGCCCUAGAGCCUCCUCGACUGUAACAGCGAGGCGUUUCCCUUUCCUUAGCCUCUCCCAGCCGCCCCCACCCCCAGCACCGGGCGCUAACAGCCCCCUUGGCUUCCCUGGUCAACCCGCCCCUCGCGGGGCUCCCCGGGGCGGACAGCCCCCUCCCCAGGCCCGAUUCCGGGCACUGCGCUCCCUCCUCUGUUCUGGCAUUAAAAAGCAAGCA